AGAUGUCAAAAUUAACCUGGACUACUUGGGAAUGGCGAAACAUAGCCCUGGGAUCCUGCCAUGAACAGUGCAUGAAGAACAGAGGAGGUAUUUCCACUUAUCAGAGAUGAUGUGGAGAGACACUUUAUCUCUGGUGGAAGAGGAGGAUCCUCAUAUGAAAGUAUCUCUUGGUAGCAGCGAUAUGGGCAUCUCUGCCCAUCUACAGUCUUCUAAGACAGGGACCACAAGAUUUUUCACCAGCAAUACUCACAGUUCUGUGGUGUUACAGGGUUUUGACCAGCUGCGAGUGGAAGGUUUGCUUUGUGAUGUGACGCUUGUUCCAGGGGAUGGUGACGAAGUGUUUCCUGUUCACAGAGCAAUGAUGGCUUCUGCAAGUGAUUACUUCAAGGCUAUGUUCACAGGAGGAAUGAAGGAACAGGAUUUAAUGUGCAUUAAGCUUCAUGGUGUGAACAAAAUAGGCCUAAAGAAGAUCAUUGAUUUCAUUUAUACUGCAAAACUUUCCCUUAACAUGGACAACCUUCAGGACACUUUGGAAGCUGCCAGUUUUUUGCAGAUUUUACCUGUUUUGGACUUCUGUAAAGUGUUUCUUAUCUCUGGGGUUUCGUUGGAAAACUGUGUUGAGGUUGGGCGAAUUGCCAACACAUACAAUCUCACAGAAGUGGAUAAAUAUGUUAAUAAUUUCAUCCUGAAGAACUUCCCUGCAUUAUUAAGUACUGGUGAAUUUGUGAAACUCCCCUUUGAACGUCUUGCCUUUGUGCUUUCAAGUAAUAGCCUUAAGCACUGCACUGAACUUGAACUCUUCAAGGCUGCUUGUCGCUGGCUACGGUAUGAGGAGCCUCGGAUGGAGUACGCUGCAAAGCUAAUGAAGAACAUCAGGUUUCCACUGAUGACGCCCCAGGAUCUUAUUAACUAUGUUCAAACAGUGGACUUCAUGAGAACUGACAAUACCUGUGUAAACUUGCUUUUGGAAGCCAGCAAUUACCAAAUGAUGCCAUACAUGCAACCGGUUAUGCAGUCAGAGAGAACUGCCAUUCGAUCAGACAGUACUCACUUGGUGACGUUGGGGGGAGUGCUGAGGCAGCAGCUGGUUGUCAGCAAGGAGUUACGGAUGUAUGAUGAAAAGGCCCAUGAAUGGAAAUCCUUAGCUCCCAUGGAUGCACCAAGGUACCAGCACGGCAUCGCUGUGAUCGGAAACUUUCUUUACGUAGUUGGGGGCCAGAGCAAUUACGACACAAAAGGAAAGACGGCGGUUGACACGGUCUUUAGGUUUGAUCCUCGCUACAACAAGUGGAUGCAAGUCGCAUCUUUAAAUGAGAAGCGCACCUUCUUCCACCUAAGUGCCCUCAAAGGACAUUUGUAUGCAGUUGGUGGUCGAAAUGCGGCGGGUGAGCUAGCCACUGUGGAAUGUUACAAUCCCAGAAUGAAUGAAUGGAGCUAUGUCGCAAAAAUGAACGAACCCCACUAUGGUCAUGCUGGAACCGUGUAUGGGGGAUUAAUGUAUAUUUCAGGGGGAAUUACCCAUGAUACUUUCCAAAAGGAACUUAUGUGUUUUGACCCUGACACAGACAAAUGGACUCAGAAAGCUCCGAUGACGACAGUCAGAGGUCUGCACUGCAUGUGUACUGUAGGAGACAAGCUAUAUGUUAUUGGCGGAAAUCACUUUAGAGGAACGAGUGAUUAUGAUGAUGUUCUAAGCUGUGAAUAUUACUCACCAACUCUAGACCAGUGGACUCCAAUUGCUGCCAUGUUACGUGGGCAAAGUGAUGUUGGGGUUGCUGUCUUUGAAAAUAAAAUCUAUGUUGUUGGAGGAUAUUCUUGGAAUAAUCGGUGUAUGGUGGAAAUAGUUCAGAAAUAUGAUCCAGAAAAAGAUGAGUGGCAUAAAGUAUUUGACCUUCCAGAAUCACUUGGUGGCAUUCGAGCCUGCACUCUUACUGUUUUCCCACCAGAGGACAAUACAGGGUCACCGUCUAGAGAAUCUCCUCUUUCAGCACCUUAGAAACAUCCCUUGACUUAUGAUGUUGUAGUAACACCUUUGCACUGCAUCAUGGGGUCUAUUAUUUUUCUUCAGUAGUUUCUGUUAGGCUUAGCCUACAGCAUUUCAUACAAUGGGAAAAAAAAAAAAAAAAGACUUUGACAUUAUUUGUGCUGUUUGUUUGGCCUAGAAUGUUUGUCAAGUGGUUAACAAAAAAAGAUGUACUCACCCGAGCCAAAUGUUUAACAAAUGAGAAGAUACUGUCUAUAAAAUGUAUGAACUAGGUACGUUAUUAAUGUUGUGUAUUGGGUGUGAGGUACCUUAUAGCUUACAUUUGAAAGCCCAAUGAGUCAAGUUUGAAGACUUUGUAUUGAACACGUUCUUUCACCAAAUUUCAUAGUUGAAAUCCUUUUUCCUUUCAUUUUUGACUGCCGAUUACAAAGGGAGGUAGACCACAUCAGUGUGAACUAUGACAGAAGGUUGCCAAGGGGCCUGAGCUACCUCCCUCUUUUCACAGAGUAUUUUUGACAUAUCUGUUUACCCACCUGGCUUUGUGGGUGCUUUCAGAGCAUAUGAAGUUUCUUAGGCAGAGGGGAGAAAUAAAAUAAUUUUAAAAUAUUAGCACUAUACAGGAAACGGACCUUGUAGAGGCUGGGAGUUUUUUAUAACAUAUAUCGAGUGUUUUUCCUGAGUCGGUUGAGUAACGCUUCAAACAAAAGAUUUAAAAUGUUUGGGGUUUUUAAUUUGGGUUUUUUCAGGAGUCGGCUUCCGCUUGCAUGGGAGCACACACUACUAACAAAUGGGAAUUCAGUGCAGUUGUAUAUUCUGUGGUAUGCCUGUACUGAAUAUAGAUAGAUAAGGGCUAGAAACAUUAACGUAAGCCACUGAAUUUGACCAAAUUGUUCCAUCAGAUCAAAUUUAAUCUACCUUUUCUCCUUUGCUGUUGAGAUAACUUGCAUAAUGUGUCCACUGUAUAGUCUCAGUUAAUAAGGUUAUUUAGCACAAAGUGCAGCUUCAGCGAGAGAGCUGCUUUUGCUCAGUGAACUUGGACUACCACAUUUUACCUUCUUUUGUUCAAUAAAACUUUUAACUGCAGUUAUUCAGUCUAAGCUACCUCAUUAAUGUAUUUGGUUUUCUUCCUCUGCCUCACUGUCUCCAGGAUAUGCAUUACGUAUAUCUGUGUGGGUAGAUUAAUUUGCUGGGAAACCAGUGCAGAAGUGAUCAUGAAUGGGUAUUUUUGACCUACUUUUAAGAAACUAUUUUGGCCUGAUGUGUUCAUUUUAUUGUUAAGGACUGACAAAAGAACAAACUGUCUUAAUUUUUUUUUCAUUGGAGAACUACUGCUUAUGUGCACAGCCAUGCAAAUUUACAGAAAUCUUUAUCUGCUCCAAAAUACAGUGCACUGCUGACAAAUUGCAGCUCUGAGUGCUUACAGAAGGCUAAUACCAUCGUGCUUGUUCUGAACUUCCCAUCAUAUGUUACAAAUGGUUUUGCUAAUGAACACAGUCAGAGGGGCAUCAUCUGGGGAAAAGUGUUUAAAUCAGCUUAUUUUAUUGUGCUACCUAUUACCGAUAACCAUGUAAAGCUUAAUAGACUUUUCUUGGGAGUAUGCUAUUUGUAUUUUGUCCCUGCUUGAUGCAUCAAGCAGCAGUAUUACUAUGGUGUCAAUUUUGGAAGUACUGAUAUUUAUUCUUUAUGCAGUUUACUAGUAAUGAUCACUACCAAAAUGUGUGUGUAAGCUUUAGGUUUUAUAAUUGUUUUGAUUAAAAUCAAAAGCAAUUCUUCCUCUUUAAAAAAAUAA